UUCGCCGGACGUUCUCACCCCAAGCAGAUGCCCUCCGGGAAGCUUCUCGCUCGCCAAGAAAUGAAGCCCGGAGGGCAGAAGGGAGCAAGACACGCGCGCGCGCGCCCGACAGGCCCCGGGGCUCCGUCCCAGCCAGAGGGCGCUGCGGCCCGCCCCUCAUUCCAUUCGCAUGAUGCGGCCAGAGCCGACCCCUUCCCCCUGGGACGGGGCCCGAAGGCCGGCCAGCCAGCGCGGAGCAGCCGCUGGGGCUGGGAGUGGCCGCGGGCGCAGGCCAGAGCGGGGGACCGGCUGCAGGGGGACGGGCGGGGAGGAGGAAGGAGCGGCUGGCGGGGCGACAGGAUGACAGCCUGUGGCGCCCAGAUGCUGCUCUGCCUCUUGGUGCUCGCUGCCCUUCCUUCGGAUUGGCUUUUGCCUGUGGUUAUUGCUCAAGAAGACACUCAGGAUCCAACAGAUGCACCUGUUCCUGAAGCAACAGUGGCAGAUGACAGUGGUCCAACAUCAGCACCUGAAUGCCGCGAAGAACGAUUUCCAUGUACACGGCUGUACUCGGUCCACAAACCUGUGAAGCAGUGCAUCAGCUACCUGUGUGUGACCAGUGUCCGCAGAACGUACAUGAUAAACAAGGAAAUCUGUUCUCGUAUUGUCUGCAAAGAGGAUGAAGCUAUGCAGGAGGAGAUCUGCCGCCAGCUGGCCGGUCUGCCGCCACGCCGCCUGCGCCGCUCCAGUUGGCUCCGAGGACCACUCUGCCGACAGACCCAGGACCAGCCGCCGAACGGGAUCGAGGCUCAGUGAGCAGCCGAGGGUGGGGAUGACACGGAGGAGAGCUGGAAUCCAUCUUUGCCCAAAGAGUUUGCGAGCGACGACACGGCCACACCCUUCUUCUUGCGCCAUUCCUGCCCCAGGCAGGGAGCUUCCUUGCCUGCCUGCCUGCCUGCCUGUCACUUGUAGGACCAGCCCUUUGCCCCAGACAUAAGGUUGCAGAUUCUCUGGGAGGGAAAUAUGGCGGAGCCUCGGGAGGGUGGAGUUUGGGGGGGAGGGGCUUUAGAGGGGUGUAACGCCACAGAGUCCACUCCCCAGAGCAGCCAUUUUCUCUCCGGGGGAAACUGAUCUCUGCAGUCUGGGGAUCAGUUCUAAUUCUGGGAAAUCUCCAGGCCCCACCUGGUGGUUGGCAACCCUACCCGAGACACUCUUCUCGCCCUGCCCACACUGGUCUUCAUGGACACAAGCCGGGAAAGAGGCAGGCGGCCUGCGCCCCCUCUGCCCUCAGGCCUGGCGUGCCCCCCCCCCCCCCCCCCCACAGCUGACAUGCAGCAAUGCACCCUCCAAGCUGUGCAAGUCAAGGAAGAACGCUUGACUUUUGGCAGGUCUGUGCAAAACCUCAGGACCUCUUGAAUGGGAUGGAGGCCAGACAUGCUGCGGGGGAGGGGGAGGGCAGUGUCACUGCCUCCUCGCAGUUGAGGGGUGUGCAAAGAGCGUUGGGCUGAACUUUCCCCUGCUGGCUCCAGGAGUUAGUUGAGGCAGAAGGCACAGCCUCCUGAGGUCUUGGAGCUUUUCCGCCAUUCCCAUGACCCUUAGGGUAGGGGAAAGGCUUCUUCUGCAUGCACCACUUACACUGCCCCCGUCCGCUGCCCCUCCUCAGCUGGGCUGUCCCAGCCAGCCUCCGCGCAACCAGCCUGUCUGGAGCUGCCUGCAACUCACAUGGGCCGACAGCCCCCUGUGGCCAAGCAGCAGUGCAGCAGGCGGGUCUCCCUCGAGCGGAGGGGGCCUUGCUUGACCUGCCUUGCCUCUUCUUCCUCCAGCUUUUGGAAGUCCACUAAGUCACAGACUCUGCCCCCAGUCUGAGGUAUUUGCCAAAAUAAUGGCCUCUUUCGAAGCUUAGAAUCAUCUUGCAGUUUCUGUCCACCUCCCCUAUAUGCCAAGCGCACUACAUCACAAUAGCUCUUGCCAUUUUUUAAGGACAGAGUUGUUGUAAUGCAUCUCUGUCCACUGACCAGGUAUCCCACCACCUGCCUCUUGCCGGUAGCUACUCCUUACAAGCCCCAGGUUCCAAUAUGAGUUUAUAAACCCCUCAGCUGCCCCCUGGUGCUUGGACUUUAUAUAUGGCGAUGAAUGAAUGAAUGAAUGAAUGAAUGAAUGAAUGAAUGAAUGAAUGAAUGAAUGAAUGAAUGAAUGAAUGAAUGACGAACGAACGAACGAACAAACGAACGAACGAACAAACGAACAUCCGUGCUGGCAGAACAAUGGCAUGAAGAACUGCUAAAUCCUUCUCAUUCUGUGAAGCUCCUUCCUGAUCUAGCUGAAUGUGGCGGCUCAGGCAUUUGGUCGAGGCACGUUUUGUUUAAUUGGAAUGUAAAGUGCCCAGUGACAGACGGGUUGAAUGAAAAACAGAUGUCCCAGUGAGCAGGGACGCACACAAGCGCUCCCGUGGUUCCCUUCAGAGGGGCUUGCUCCGGAGAAAUUCUGACAAGCUUUGCGCCUGGGUCACUUUGGCACCCUCCUGUUCAGGUUGAUGGUGACUGCAGCCAGCCUUAAACCUGUGGGGUCCGCAUCUGUCCCCCUCCAUUUACCACCACCACCACCCCUCAAGCACAGGGGAAUCAAUCCCUGCUUGGCACAGUGCUUUGAAAAGCUCCCCCUGAAUGGAGGUGAGUCAACCGCAAACCAGACCCUUAAAAGUUGUCAUCGUACCAAAACAUUGGCAAUUUAUGGCAGCUACUUUUUCAUUGAACUGGCCUUCAAUUCUCACAUAUUUAUGGAGGAGGAUUCUCCUAUCACAUGUCGUUCAUACUGAACCAGACAGCCAGCCCACCCAAAUCUGUGCUGCCUCCUCAGACUGGCAGAGCCUCUCCAAUAUUUCAGGCAGAAGUUUACAGCCUGUUCCCUUUUAACUGGAGAGACUAGGAAUUGAACCUGGCAGCUUCUGAGCCACAGCCCCUCCCUUGAGAACACUACGAAUGGCUCAACUAGCAAGUUCCCACAGGCAUCCCUUGAUUUGUCACAGCACUAGAUGACUUCGCUGAAUGUGUGAAUGUUUUUGAUGGAUGGAUUUUAAGGUCUGGACUGACUUCAGCUGAUUCAGUCAGAUUAGAUAGCACAGCUGUAAGGCAUCCAACAGUCUUUCAGGCAGCAAAAGAAGAAAAUGUUUGCAUGAUUUAGUCGGGAAGUUUAUGAGCGGAACUGUCGGCCACUUUGCUUCUGAGCUUUUGGCCACAUCCAGUCGGCACAAAUUAGCCAGAUCGCCGCCCGGUCACAUUUUCCGUGCCAAGAAGAAGCCUCGUCCUUCUCCUGCUAAAUUGCUGUUAAAGGCACACAAGUUGACCUAAUGAAAAAGGGUUCUUUAUAUUUUAUCAGGAUAAAGAACAACUCAUUUUUCCGAAUGAUCCUUUCCUAGGGGAAACUGGCAUAUCUUGGUUUACAAGGAUGGACGUAUAAUAAAUUUAAAUCUGUUCUCCACUCCAAAUAGAAAAUCAAAUGUACACUUAUAUGAAUGUAUUACAUAGUUAUAUAUCAAUACUUAAGACCUACAAAUGGUUUGAAGGAACUUCUGAUGUUUCAGUAUUGUACUUUUGUACAAAGUAUAUAGAAGAACAACAUUUGUACUUCACUGACUGGAAUUUCUACAACAGCACUACUCAAGCUUUAUAUUUUAUAGAAUGCAUACCCAAGCAUAUUAAAAGACAAACUGAUUUCUACUGCA